CAAAAAUCUAAUGAAAAUCUAAAAAAUUCAAAAUAAGAUGGCUAACCUAUAUAUGAGAUACUAUUAUUGUCUCAGUUAAUAAACAAUCAAUUACGAAUGGAUAAUUAUCCGAAAUUUCUGCUUGAAUUGUAAUGGAUAUUUAUGGACUCUAGGUAGCAGCAAUGUCCACAUUUAGUCUUCUAACAGUUUUAGCUCUUUUCUUCUAUUUAAAAAUAAAUAAAUAAAUAAAUAAAUAAAAUAAACAUUAGUAUAAACUGUAUAUACCAGAAUAAAUUGCGUGAAAUAGCUCAAUGAACAGUAACAACGUGGAGAAUUAUAUUAAACAAUCAAUAAAGUUAAAUCGAAUGAGACAAAAUAUAGUGUAACAAAAUGAAAAAGAAUAAAGGGAACACAAUUACAAGAUUAAAAAAAAAGAAACAUUUAAAAGAUUCAAGCUAAAGUAGGACUUUGUGUUCUGAUGGGCACAAAAUAAUAAUAAUAAUAAUAAUAAUAAUAAUAAUAAUAAUAAUAAUAAUCAGUUAUUUUUUUUAUUGAUACAGAAUGCCAUAAAACGAAACUUAAUAAAAUGAACAUAAAUAAAAUAUAAUAAUUAAAAAUAUCAAAAUACCCGCUGCAUUACGUCACUUCCGGUUCUGCCAUUUUGCCAUUGCGGAUCGGUCUGCAUUCCCUCACCGAACAUCGUUAAAAUAACCUCACAUUUCAGCACAAAACGGUCCCAGUACACCGGUAAAAUGUCAGAUUUUGACAGCAACCCCUUCGCGGACCCGGACUUUAGCAACCCGUUUCAGGAUCCAUCAGUGACGCAAGUAACGCGGACUGCCCCUCCUGGCCUCGAGGAGUAUAACCCUUUCACAGACACAAAACCGGUGCCUCCAGGCUCCGCCCCUAAAGCAGUCCCACCCACAACCAACACACAGCCAGCCAUCAUGAAACCCACGGAGGAACCACCAGCGUACACUCAACCUAAGCAGACACAGGAUCAGGCACGAGCCCAGGCAGAGUUAAUGCGGAGACAGGAAGAGCUGGAGAGGAAAGCCGCUGAGCUGGACCGCAGGGAGAGAGAGAUGCAGUCGCUCAGCGCAUCAGGUGGGAGGAAAAAUAACUGGCCGCCUCUUCCAGAGAAGUUUCCUGUGGGUCCGUGUUUUUAUCAUGACAUCUCCGUGGACAUCCCUGUGGAGUAUCAGAAAACCAUUAAGAUCAUGUACUAUCUGUGGAUGUUCCACACGGGGACGCUGUUUGCAAAUAUAUUUGGCUGUUUGGCGUGGUUCUGUGUAGAUGUGACGAGGGGAGUGGACUUCGGGUUGGCUAUGCUCUGGUUCAUUCUCUUUACACCCUGUUCUUUUGUCUGCUGGUACAGACCCCUGUAUGGAGCGUUCAGGAGUGACAGCUCUUUUAGGUUCUUUGUAUUCUUUUUUGUGUAUAUCUGCCAGUUUGGUGUACACGUGUUGCAAGCUAUCGGCAUUGUAGGUUGGGGAGCCAGUGGCUGGAUCUCAGCAUUGACUGGACUGAAUAAAAGUAUUCCUGUGGGCAUCAUAAUGAUUCUGAUCGCUGCUCUCUUCACGGCGUCAGCUGUCAUCUCGCUCAUCAUGUUUAAAAAGGUCCAUGCGUUGUACCGAACCACCGGUGCAAGUUUUGAGAAAGCACAGCAGGAGUUUGCCACCGGCGUCAUGGCCAAUAAAACAGUCCAGACCGCCACUGCUAAUGUUGCAUCCAGCGCUGCCCGGGGAGCCUUUAAAGAACAGAUCUGAUUGGUCCAGAGAACUAAGAACACGCCCCCUCAGUUCCAUGCUACUUCAACCCCGCCCUCCUCUUUCCCUAACUUUACUUACAGUCAUUCAUGAGCAUUGAUUGGCAGUUCAAAACCACACCCACUCUCAAUGGCCCUAAUGCACUCCUGACUGACUGAAACCCCGCCCCAGCCCCUCCCCUCCUGUCAAUCAGCAGGUGUGCUCACCUGUUCUUUAGUUUGAGUGUGUGUGGUAUGCCUGCCUGCUCUUGAGUGUGUGGUUAUGUGUGUGUGUGUGUAUGUUUAAACAACCUAAAGAGUUGUCACAUUAUAUGUUCACAUCACUGUUGGGUGUCCGCUCAUCCCUGUUGUACUGUAAAUGAACAGGAAUUGAUUUUGUCAUAUGUCCUUUUAUGACAUUCAAGGUAAAAAGAAUGAUGAUGCCCUAACAGGUUUGUCUUACCGAUAUUUCCUGAAACAUAUACACACCUUGAAUUAUGAAUUAUCAAAAACAGCCUCAGAAAAACUUUCGGGAUCAUAUGUCACCCAAAAAUAAUAAAAAUAUAUAAAAUAUAUAUAAUAUAUAAUAUAAUAUAAAUAUAUAAAAUACUGUCACAAUACAAAUACUCUCAAUGGCCUUACAAAUAUGCUUCUUUUUUUUAUGCAAAACAUAAAGAAAAACAUAUUGGGCUGAUAUAUGUCCCGGACAUUUUUCCAUGAGAUUCAUCUAAAUAUCAAGGUUUUUAACAAAUUCUUCCUGCAAAAUGAGCCUUAGUACAAGACGACACCCAUCAAAUGUGACCAUAAACUCUCUACAUACAACUCAGAGGGUCUCCUCACCUGCAUAUAUAUAUAUAUAUAUAUAUAUAUAUAUAUAUAUAUAUAUAAACCAGUAUGAUGACCAACAGUAUUGGCUGAUUUUAAAACAAAUGUCUGAUUCUGAAAGCUUCCUGGUUUGUUUUUGUAAUAGAAUUGUUUUGGAAUGAAAAUUAAUUCUUUAAAAAAAUUAUCAGGAUCUGUUCCUGCAAAUGCAUGGGAAGCUUGCUAAGGUAUAGGCCGGGUCUCAUCUCUCCCAGUCUUGCGUACUAUAAACUGGAAAUCACAUAAAAAACACUUUCAAGGGGAUAAAAAUAGAAGCGCAAAAGUAAAUCUUUGCAUAAUGCCCCUCAAAACAGAUGUGUAAAAUCACUAUCACACGUGUGUAUUGAUGUAAGACUGUGCUGUGUUGGGCCGAAUCAGUACCAGUUAGAUCCACAAUUGACCUUAGUCAGGGUAGGCCAUAUUUAUUUUGAUGUAAAUUAAAACAAUUGAAUAUGAGUGAUAAACGUUCAGUCCAUUAAAUAUGCUGUAAUGUCUUAAGGUCACAUCGUUUCACUACAGCUGUUUUCUGAAGUUUUUUGCCUUUGGAACUUGUUUGGAAAGACGUACUUUCUUUUUCUUUUCUUUUUUUGUCAUUAACAAUUUUUAUUGAUUCCAAACUCAAAUCAACACAAACAGCACAUGAAAACACGUAAUCAACUUUUAUCAAAAUAUGUCCCCCAUCCUCCCUUUUUUUAAAAAUUUUUUUUAUGUAUAGUAAUUUCAAAUCAGAUGAUUGCAACAUGCUCCUGAAAAGUUGGGACUGUCGAGUGUUUACCACUGUGAAACAUCACCAUUUCUUCCAAUAACACUUAUUAAGCAUUUGAGCACUGAAGACAAGUUUGUUAAGUUUAAAAAGUGGAAUUUUCCCUCAUUCAUCCAUUAUGUAGGUCUUCAGCUGCACGAUUGUACGGGGUCUUUGUUGCCGUAUGGUGUGCUAAAUAAUGCACCACACAUUCUCAAUUGGAGACAGGUCAGGACUGCAGGCACGCCAAUCUAGCACCCGCACUCUCUGCUUACACAGCCAUGCACUUGAAAUCCGGGCAGUAUGUGGUUUGAAGUUGUCCUGCUGGAAAAUGCAGGGAUGUCCCUGGAGAAGAUGGUGCUGGAUGGCAGUAUAUGUUGCUCCAAAAUUUGUGCAUAUCUGUCUUCAUUAAUGGUGCCCUCACAGAUAUGCAAGUUACCCAUGCCAUUGGCACAGACACACCCCUGGCUUUUGGACCUGACGCUAAUAACAGCUUGGAUGGCCCUUUUCCUCUUUGGUCCGGAUAACGCGACGGCUGUGUUUUUCAAAAGCUAUUUGAAAUGUGGACUCUCCAGACCAACAAACACGGUUCCACUGUUCUUCUUUCCAUCUAAGAUGAGACCGAGCCCAGAGAAGUCGGCAGCGCUUAAGGACAGUGAUGAUGUAUGGCUUCUCCUUUGCAGAGUAAAGUCUUAACUUGCAUCUGUGGAUGCAUCGGCGAAUGGUGUUGACUAACAAAGGUUUAUUAAAGUAAUCUCAAGCCCAUGUUCAUGAUAUCCAUUACAGAUGAAUGAAGUUUUUUUAAGACAGUGACAUCUGAGGGAUCAGAGAUCACACGCAUUCAGAAGUGGUUUUCGUCUUGCCCUUUACGUACUGAGAUUUGACCAGAUUCCUUGAAUCUUUUAACUAUAUUGUGCACUGUAGUGGGUAAAAUGCCCAAAAUCCUUCCAAUUUGUCUUUGGGGAACAUUGUUCUCAAACAGCUGGAUUAUUUGCUGAAACAUCUGUUGGCAAAUUGACAAGUCUCAAAUGAUCCUUGCUCUUGAUGGACUAGGCUGUUUUUGGAAGCUACGACACAAUUGCCUCACCUGUUUAACAUCUCCUGUUUCACAUCGCCUUGUUAUUUCAACUUGUCAAAUUGUUAUUAGUCUUAAAUUGCCCGUCUCAACUUUUUAGGAGCUUGUUGCAAUCAUCUGAUUUGAAAUUACUGUACUUUUUUUUUUUUAAACUAUGAAACAUCAUAUAAUGUUUAGUUGUAGUGCUUUCAAUAUAGCAAAGGUUGAAUAUAAUUUACAAAUCACUCCUUUUUGUUUUAUUAGCAUUUUUCAUACUGUCCCAACUUUUUUGGAAUUGGGGUUGUACUUAUAAGGCCAAAUCAAUGCAACAAUUUACACAAGAACAGAUUUAUGACCAAUUUACACAAAAUUGUUCUGUACACGUUUUACGAAUAAGGCUCAAUCAAUACAACAAUUUACGCAAAAUAAUGAUAUUUGACCCAUUUACAGAUUCGUGUUUCACUAAUAAGGCCCAGUCAGCAUGUCAAUUUGCAUAAGAAAGGAUUUGUGAAUGAUUUACUCAAAUUUGACGUUUGCUUUUGAGGAAUAAGCCCUAAUCAAUGUGAGAAUUGGCACAAGAUAAGAUUAAUGUACAGUUUACACAUUCGUUGUUCGCUUUUUACUAAUAAGUCAAGUUUGCACAAGAAUGGAUUUAUGACCAAUUUACACAUUAAUUCUGUUCGCAUUUCACAAAUAAGGCUCAAUCAACGUGGCAAUUUACGCAAAUUUACAAACAUUAGUUCGCUUUUUACUAAAAAGGCCCAAUCAACACAACAGUUUACGCAAGAAUGAAUUCAUGAGAGAUUUACACAAAUUCGUUCUGCUUAUGUUUCACGAAAACGGUCCAAUCAGAGCGUCACUUGACGCUAGAACGUUUUUAUGACUGAUUCUCUCAAAUUCGUUGCGCUUGCGUUUCACAUAUAGGGCUCUGUCAAUGCGACAAUAUACGCAAGAUCAGAUUCAUGACCGUAUUAUAUUGAUUUAUUGUUCGUGUUUCACAAUUUAGGCCCAAUCAACGCGACAGUUUAAGCAAGAAUGUAAUUGCAAACCUGUUCCAUCAUUCUUGUCCCUGUUUUUAUUCACGUCAAAGUAAAUAUGUCAUCGAACUUGACUAAGGUCCGCCAUUGUUGCGUAUGUAAUAGUCCAUUGUCGUCUGUCUGUGUUUGGUUUGUUGUUUGAGGCAAACGUGAUGUGUGUGUGUCUGCGUUGAGCUUUGCAGGUGUUUCAACGUGCCUGCUCACAUUAAAGUUUGCUAAUUUUCUUUUUUAUUAAGUGGUGCAGAGAACCUUGUAGCCUUGGUUACUGUCAACAAGAGACAGCCAGGUUUUGUGAUUAUGGGAUACUUGUCAAGAUGCAAAUGUAUGUUGAUGUUAACCUUUCAGCAACACUCUGUAUGUAUGUGCGUGCGUGUGUGUGUGUGUGCAUGAGAGAGAGAGAGAGAAUAAAGUGUUGUUGAUCACCCAUUUUCAGUAUUAAGUCUGAAGUACAUCAGCCCUUGUUUGAGAUCUUAAAAUUUCAUGAGGUGUCUCAUAUUUUUUUCUCUGUUUGUUUUAUUAAUAUUUUUCAGUCCUGUACUGUCCUCCUCCAUGCUUUGUGUAUAUUCAUUUGUGUGUCUGUAUGUUGGAGAGUGAGUGUUUGUGUGAGCUACUGCAAGUCGUUCUUCCUUUUAUAAAGACAUUUAAACAUAAGGCACCUGAAUGUUCCUAUAUUUUACGUUUGUUUUUAAAUGCUUCAACAACAACAAAAAAUGAAAUGUGUUGGGAUGUGUGAGAAGAGAUAAACUGACGUGACCUUGUGUGUGUUGCAAUGGAUCGUGGCUUUAAGCUGUCUUUUUUCCAAUUAGUGAUAUUAGUUAACUUAGUUGAAACACUAAAACAUAAGAAAUGGAUUGAAGAAAAACCAUCACUGGUUGUAUUUACUACUUCUGCUGACCGUGAAAGCUGAUGUUAUUUAAAACAGAUGCGACAGAUAUUUGUAUAUUUUGUAUAACUAAAGGAACGGUGGCCUGUGGUCCUGAAUUUCAUUGUACUGUACAAAUGCACUCCUGUCUCUCUCUCCCUUAAUCGCAUGUUGAGUAGUUUGAGUUUUGUAUAUUUAUUGUAUUAACACAAAAAUUAAACAAAAAACAACAA